AUGGGUCGCUCGAUCGACCAGGACGUGCACGCGGCAUUCGUGGAGUUUCGCGCCAAAGAAGACGACAAGUGUCUCUCCGUUCAGUGCAUCUACUGUCAGCAGAUCCGCGCAAAGAACACUUCACGUCAGAAGCAGCAUCUCCUCGAGUGUCCAGGCCUCCAGAAUCAGCCCAAUGCCCGUCCCCAGUCCAACGAUGGCGGCAUGCCGGGUAGCUCAUCAGGCUAUGGCCCGGCGCAAGGUCUCGCUGGACCUAAUGGUAUGGCUAACGGAAUGAGCACUCCUCAAGGCACGCCAGCGGGCGUCUCAAUGCCGAAUCGACCGUCUCUUCCUCCUGGUACCAGCUUCUCGCAGGGCCCCAUGGGCGCAGGCCCUCCCAACAUGACUCCGAUGCAACAGCGUCCCACUCCUAAGCCGAAGCCGACUCCCAAAAGCGCGUCAGGCGGAGGCAAUAUCCCAGCUCCUCCUCUCGACGACGUCCAUGCCGCCUUCGUCGAGUUCCGAGCCAAAGAAGAAGAUAAGUGCCUAUCGGUACAAUGCAUCUACUGCAACCAGAUCAGAGCCAAGAACACUUCCCGCCAGCGACAACAUCUGCUCGAAUGUGCCACCUACCAGAAUGUCAUGAAAGAGUCCAUCCCAGCCAACAAUCUCCUGCACCGCUUCGAAGAGAACGAUGUCGCCCGCUCCCUAUCCAUUCCAACACCAACCCUCGAGCUCGACUUCCGCAUGUCUGUCAAACUCAACCCCAAAAUCUCCGUUGGUCCCACCAUGUUCGGUCAGCGAAACUGGAUCUCCUUCAUCGGCGGCCAGUGGGCUGGUCGAUGGGGCAAGGGCGUCGUCAUUCCAGGUGGACAGGACAAUCAGCUCGUGCUCAAGGAUCUGGCUACACGCGUCGAGGCCAGCUACCUUCUCCAGACCCAAGACGAGCCGCCCGCAUAUAUCACAGUCAAGAGUAUUGGCUGGCGCACGGGGCCAAAGGAUGUGCUGGAGAGGCUGCAGGACAAUCAGACGGCUGAUACGACUCCGCCUACUCAGUAUAAGUUCCGCAUCAACCUCGAGCUCGAGACGGGUGAUGAGCGGUACGCUUUCCUCAAUACAUGCAUGUGGGUUGGCAGUGGGUGCAGGCGUGGUGCGGAGGUGAUUUAUGACGCUUACCGCGUCGGUUGA